AUGAUCAUUUUCCUAAUCAGUACUUAUUUUCUUAUAGGAAAAAAUUCUCGUGCUCUCUUAAUCGGCGACAAUUUGUCACAAGGGAAGGUUUACGAGAUACUUCUUACUGUUACAAGGAAGGGAGUGUCCACGACGGCUGCCUUCUAUAGAAGGAUCAAUAUCUUGCCAAAAGGCGGCAAUUGCAGUUUGGAUAAAUUGACAGCGGUCUCAGCAAGAGACUGGGUAACUCUCACGUGUAACGGUUGGACUGGUAACGUUCUGAAUCCUCAUAUAACGUUUCUCGUACGUCAGUUCACAAAAGGAGCGCUAGUACGAAAUGAGCCGAUCCUUAAAACAAGGGCACGUAGAUCGCACUUAAUUUUGAAGGUGGGGGAGGUCGGAAAUUUCGCUUCCACGUUGACUGUUGAAGUCACUGACGAACUGAACAACUUUCUACCAGUGACUCUUUCCCUAGUGGUGUCUCCUACAUUCAGCUAUCGGGACGUCACCCCCACACUGGCAGGGGCAGCGAUCAUUGAAACAUAUUCAACAGUGGAUUACUCUUUUGCAGCAAAGCAAUUAUUAGACAUGGGGAAAAGUGACAUGACUAUCUCCCUCAUAUCCGCAAUUUGCAGCAACUUCCACCUUGUGGAUCUGCCUGUCUGGAAGCCACCAGUGCCAAGAGUUCUUAAUACCGGGGGUUCUCUUCUCGAUCUGAAUCCAAAUGGAAACGACCAAACAAUUACAUCGUUGCAAGACGCCGCCGCUAAAGCAAACAACGAAACCGUUGAUCCAGCAACUGUAGCAAUACAGAAGGUUCAUGUCCAAAUACGACACGUGUUGGGACAUUACGAUAAGCAUUUCUCUCAUUUAAUCUUUCAUUUCCAUGGUUAUACUAUCAAUACUCUUGCAUUUGCCAAUCUCUGACUGACCGCUUCAAAUGAUGAGAAAUCCCUCUGAUAUGUGUCUUAAAUGCUUUUUGUUAAUAUGUGUUGAGUAAUAAUUGUCUUAUUGAUAUCGAUAUGUAACGGUCAAAUGUAUUCUCUAGAGAUAGUGGUGCUUUAAAAGCCCUGCAUAUACUUAGUAAUUAGACAUAUAAUGUUCGGCAAAUGUAACAUUUUUUAUAUAAAUAGCCAAAACAUCUUAUGAGUUACUGUAGCGAGUUCAGUAUACAUGUAAUUUAUAUAUUAUAACUAAAAAAAAACUAAUCUUUUGAUUUAUGCCAAAAUAAAUCGUAGAAGUAAAAAAAAAAUACGCCUUCAUCACUGUUAUUUGUUCCAAAUUAUAAAAGUAAAAUUGUUCCAAAACAUUAAGUUAAAGAUAAAAUUGUACCCAAGUUCUAAUUAAAAAGCUUGCACAAUGAUAGUUUUCAUACCUUGUACAUACAUGAAGUCAACAUGCUGAUGCUUACAAAAAAUAAUAUUGUUCACACCAUGUCCAUGCCAUGCUGAAAACAGGGUGGUUACGUUCGAUAUAAUGCAUUGUCAAUAAUUAAAGUAAAUAGAGAACAGGAUAAAACACUAUCAAGAUUAAUGCCAUGCUU